AAUACCUAAGGGCUCACCAACGUGACUCAGCUCGGCUAACCAUUCAUAGCGUCCCUAUAUAUAAUGCCGCUGCCACAACAACGAAUGCUAUAUGUUGGUAGGCAGCCUCCGCGCGAGGAGGAACACAAGAUCAGACACCACAAGACAAGCAGCGCUUGGAUCGUUGUCGAAAUGAAGCGGUGGGCAGGUCGUGUGGCACUAGUGACGGGGGCCAGCGCGGGGAUCGGUGCCAGCGUGGCUCGAAGGCUGGUGGCUGAAGGCAUGAAGGUCGUGGCCGUUGCUCGUAGGAUUGAUAGAUUGCAGGCAAUGGGGAACGAGCUCAAGGGUAAGCCGGGCACGCUAAUCCCCAUUAAGUGUGACCUCACCAAGGACGAUCAGGUGUUGAGCAUGUUCGCACAGAUCAAACGGGACCUGGGGGGCGUCGACGUCUGUGUCAACAAUGCAGGAUUUUGUAUUCCUAACGAUCUGCUGAAGGGAAGCCCCAAGGAGUGGCGUGAUAUGCUGGACCUCAACGUAGUGGCUCUGUGCCUGUGCACGCGGGAGGCCGUGGCCUCCAUGCGGGAACGCGGCGUUGACGACGGACACAUAUUUCACAUCAACAGCAUUGGUGGUCAUCGCGUGUCCAACAAUACAAGCUUAAACUUCUACAGUGGUACCAAACACAUGGUGACCAUGCUCACCGAGGCCCUGCGGCGUGAACUGAAGACUAGCAACAUCAGGAUAACGAGCAUCAGCCCCGGCCUGGUGGAAACAGAGUUCGUCAUAAGUUCGGGCUUCAGCGAGGAGAUGUCCAAGCAAAUAUACAGUAAAAUGCCAAGCAUACAGGCAGACGACAUCACCAACACGCUCAUUCACGUGCUGUCUGCGCCACCUAAUGUGCAGGUCCAUGAAGUGAUAGUAAUUCCCACCAAGACAGACUGAGGGCUGUCAAUGAGGCUGUGACCAGCUGGCUAACUGGCUUCUUGGCUAACUGUCUAGCUAUGUAUAGAAAGAAAACAAAAUAAAAUUACCUAAGUGUA